AAUUAUUAUUAGUUUAUUUCUUUAGGCGGUUGAGAAGUGUGUAUGGUGUAAUUGUCAUUUUACAAACUAAUUGUGGAAACAAAACUAGAUUUGAAUAAAGGUAUUGGUAUGGCUUCUUGUCCUCGUUCGUAAUUCCCGUACUCUUCUAAUAUAGAACUCACAUACGCACACAUACGUAUGUUUUCUUUUGUACCUGGGGUUCAUAAUGCUGUUAUUCCGCCCCUGAUUGCAUAUUGAAACGCGUGCAGUGCACAGAAUAUCCACGGCAAGUGUUGUGGCGGGCGUCUGCUGCGUCAGCCGUUAAGUUGUAUGUUGCAUUAACAUAAAAUGUGAAAUUUCUCUAACAAUUUUUACAAAUUUAUUUCUGAAAUUGUAUUAAAAAAGUUACGUAUAAAAAUCCAAAAAAUCUCAUGAGUUCAAUAAACUUCUAACGGAACUCUUCGAUUUUUCGUCAUAUCCCAUUAUUUAUCGCUAUAGUCAGUCGUUCGUGUGUACAGAAAUUAGGACGUGAAAAGGUUCUUUUAUCAACCUAACACUGGAACAUUAAAAGAUGUCUAGAAAACGUGCUAGAGAAGAAACUAUGUUGAAUUCUACAUCAUAUUCAAAUAUUCAAAAUGGAGAAGACGCAUCUUGUUCCAGGGAAGAUUCACCUGUGUAUCCUUCAAUUUGCAAGGAAGCUCCAUUUAGUGAUGAUCCAGAAGCACUUGCAGAAAGGAAUGCAUGUGAUUAUAAUAUUCGGAUUACAUUAAAAAUGGCAAAAAGUGGAAAAGCUCCUAGAAAAAUCAGAGUCUAUGCAGAUGGUAUUUAUGAUCUGUUUCAUCAAGGACAUGCACGACAACUUUUACAAGCAAAAAAUAUUUUUCCAAAUGUGUAUCUUAUUGUAGGAGUUUGUAAUGAUCAAUUAACACAUAGUAAAAAGGGACGAACAGUUAUGACAGAUGUUGAAAGAUACGAUGCAGUAAGACAUUGUCGUUAUGUAGAUGAAGUGGUUAGAGAUGCACCAUGGGAACUGGAUGAUGAAUUUCUUAUAAAUCAUAAAAUUGAUUUUGUUGCUCAUGAUGAUAUACCUUAUAUGACUGAUGACAGCACAGAUGUUUAUGCAACUUUAAAAGCUAAGGGUAUGUUUGUAGCUACACAAAGAACAGAAGGAGUAUCAACAUCAGAUAUAGUAGCGAGAAUAGUUAAAGAUUAUGAUAUUUAUGUUCGAAGAAAUCUUGCGCGAGGCUACAGUGCCAAAGAGCUUAAUGUUUCUUUUCUUAAUGAAAAAAAAUUCCGGUUACAAAAUAAAUUUGAUGAUCUGAAAGAUAAAGGUAAACGUGUAAUGGAAAAUAUUGGCGAAAAACGUAUGGAUAUAAUUAGCAAAUGGGAAGAAAAAUCUCGAGAUUUUAUUGAUGCUUUCUUACUCUUAUUUGGAAAAGAAGGCAGAUUGACAACAAUUUGGAAUGAAAGUAAAGGCCGUUUGAUGCAAGCAUUAUCUCCUCCUGCAAGUCCAAAAAGGGAUGGCAGCCCAAAUGGCAGUAAUAGCAGCAAUAAUGAUGAAGAUCAGACAAGUCCACCACCAAACAAGACUGGCCGUUUUGAAUAUUCGCAGAGUAAUUAUUACCUGAGUGACGACUAUAGCGAUGAUGAAGAGGAAAAUUUGCACUCUAAAUGAUAACCUGUUUUCAAAAUCACAUUCUUUAUUUUGACCAAAAAUAUCGUGCAAUUUCUUUAAGAAUGUUUAGAAAUAUUUUUAUAUAGCUAUAUGAUUUGCUGUUAUGAAUUAUAAUGUUAUGCUUAAUAGUCUUUUUAUGGUAUGGUUUCAUACUAUAUAUAAUAUGAAAUUAUUUGUUAUGAUGU